AUGGAUGUAUUAGACCUUUCAGACAACAAUAUUACAGGAGAAGUACCCGCCUGGAUUUGGAGUAUUGGUUUAAGUUAUCUGAAUCUUUUUUGCAAAUUCCUAGAGUCUCUGGAAGAGCCUUACUACAUAUCUACAGAUUAUUGGAGGGUCAUUGACUUACACACCAACAGGAUCAAGGGCGAUGUACCCAUUCUACCUACUUCUCUUACCUACUUUUCAGUUGCCAAUAAUAAAUUUAUGGGAUCAAUACCCUCUUCCAUAUGCAAUCUGGAUCAACUUCAAUUUCUUGAUAUGUCAAACAAUGCCAUAAACAACGAACUACCUCCAUGUCUAUUUCAACUGUUUGACUAUCUCUUAGUGCUGAAUCUAGGGAGAAACAGACUAAGUGGCAUUAUUCUUGAUACAUUUUCGUCGAACUGCAGUUUGAAAACUUUAGACCUCAGCAGCAAUACCUUAGAAGGAAAGUUUCCAAGAUCCCUGGAAAGAUGCCCAUUUCUGGAGGUUUUGGACAUUGGAAGCAACAAGAUUAGAGAUACAUUCCCUUGUAUGUUGAAAAAAUUAUCCAGUUUGCACGUCCUAGUCCUAAGGUCGAACAAGUUCCAUGGAGAUGUCCAGUGUCAUAUAGCUAAUCAAACAUGGCCGAGGCUUCAAAUUGUAGCUAUUGCUUACAAUAAUUUCAGGGGAGCACUGCUACCACAGUACUUCUCGAGCUGGGAAGGCAUGAUGAAUAGUAGUAAUCAAGAUCCAUGGCCCCAGUACUUGCAAGUUGAAUUCAACGGCUAUGGCAUGUACUAUCGAAAUAGAGUGACUUUUACUCUUAAAGGUCGGGUGAUGGAGAUUGUGAAUAUUUUUGAAGCUUUUACAUGCAUGAAUUUCUCUUGCAACAACUUUCAAGAAGAGAUACCAGAGGUAUUGGGAGAUCCCAAAUCGCUUUACCUUCUCAACUUAUCACACAAUGCGUUGACAGGAAGAAUACCAAAGGCCCUUGGAAAUUUGGCUCAGCUUGGAGCCUUAGAUCUUUCAAUUAACCAAUUAAGUGGCAGGAUUCCGGACGAGCUUGCGAGUCUCACGUUCCUUUCUUUCUUGAACCUAUCUUUUAAUCAGCUUUCUGAUAGGAUUCCAAAAGGUAACCAACUUCAAACGUUCUCAGUUGAUUCAUUUGAAGGGAAAACAGGGCUAUGUGAUUUUCCGUUAAAGAAACUGUGCAGUGACACCAAAGCGACUGGAUUAUCACAAUUACCUAGCAGCCAUUCUGAACAUGAUGAAAUUGAUGGGAAAUAUAUAAGUUUUGCCUUGGGAUCUUCUGUGGGUUUUGGCAUCAUAACCUGGAUGCUUUUGCAUAACCGAAGAUACAAUGAGCUUGUUGAUAGACUUCUAUCCAGAAUUUUGGGUCAGCACAAAAAGAGUGGCAGAAAUAAAAACCAGAGGAGGUCAAGGUUAUGA